UGACGUCAGAGCAGUCACAAGACCGGGUUCGUGGAGCAGAGUGUGUUGAGAGACCGCAGGGCUGUAGGUCCACAUUUUGUGUUAUGUAGUGUCUCUGAGGCAGAAGUGGCGCCAUGGCCGCCGGGAAUCAACGCUUACAGGGCUUCUGGUGGGGAACAGGCGACGUUUUUCCUUAACUUUCUCCUAGUUAUCACAGCGGAGGGAUAAAGCACUCGGAGGCUGUGGUCAUAUCAGCGGGAGUCAUUGUCUGGGCGUGCGUGGCGGCUGUUGUCUAUGUCUGGGUAGCUCAGCCGCACAUCUCCAGCCUCGUUAGCAAGCUAGCAAGUCAGCAAGUCAAUAUAAUAGUGUGCUCGCGUCGACGCUGAGCUAGCAGGACUGCUAGCUUGGCCGGUUUUUUCGGUGGGAGCUGGUGUCGUAGGUGAUGUUGUCCGUGCUGUCGUACGGUAGACUGGUUGCCAGAGCUGUCAUCGGCGGACUUUCUCAGACAGACAGCCGCGACUACAGUCUGGUGACAGCGAGCUGCGGUUUUGGAAAGGAUUUCCGCAGAGGCAUCCUGAAGAAAGGGAUGUGCUAUGGGGACGACGCGUGUUUCAUUGCCCGACACAGAUCUGCCGAUGUUUUGGGUGUGGCGGAUGGUGUAGGUGGUUGGAGGGACUAUGGCGUGGACCCGUCACAGUUUUCGGGUACACUGAUGAAGACGUGUGAGAGGUUAGUGAAGGAAGGACGCUUUGUACCCAGCAACCCGGUGGGAGUCCUCACAACCAGCUACUAUGAGCUACUGCAGAACAAAGUGCCACUACUGGGAAGCAGCACGGCCUGCAUUGUGAUUUUGGACCGGCAGAGUCAUCGGCUGCACACGGCCAACCUGGGAGACUCGGGCUUCCUGGUGGUCCGGGGAGGGGAGGUGGUCCACCGCUCAGAUGAGCAGCAGCACUACUUCAACACCCCCUUCCAGCUGUCCAUUGCUCCCCCGGGGGCUGAGGGGGCCGUCCUCAGUGACAGCCCUGACGCUGCAGACAGCACCUCCUUUGACGUACAACUGGGCGACAUCAUCCUCACUGCCACUGAUGGGCUCUUUGACAACAUGCCAGACUACAUGAUACUGCAAGAGCUGAAGAAACUCAAGAACACAAACUAUGAGAGCAUUCAGCAGACGGCCCGCAGCAUCGCAGAGCAGGCCCAUGUGUUGGCCUAUGACCCCAACUACAUGUCACCUUUUGCACAGUUUGCCUGUGACAAUGGACUGAAUGUAAGAGGAGGAAAGCCAGAUGACAUCACAGUACUGCUCUCCAUAGUGGCUGAGUACACUGACUAGAGUCUGCAUGGAGUAUCCAUCUGCUGCUGCAGGUGAUGGACUGCUUUGAUUCCUGCUGGCCAGGACGUACAACUAAUGUCUGCUUCCCCCACACCUAAAGGAUCUACUCUGCCUCAUCCACCCACCGUCUCCCCCAGUUGGCCAACCCCACACAUUUAAAAAAGAAAAAAGAAAUCCUUCAACAAGCCCUUUUCUGUGUCGUUUUCUACAUCAGACAGUGGCCAGAUAAAUCCAACUGAAGGCCAGACACCCUGUUGGCCGGGCUGCAGUGUUCCAAUGCUCACCAGGUAAUCCCAUUGGCUGGGAUCAUUGGGCAUGCUGAUGAGGAUAAGUCAGCCUCUUCUGGUAGUUGCCGCAGGGAAGAAGCUGCAAUUCAGAGAAGACGGAUGCUGACAUAGCCCAAGAGUAUGUGUUAGCGUGUGAAUGUGGCCACGUACUGGCCUGCCGAACAGAACUAAACAGUCCUCAAGAAGGGAAGCGCACGAGAAAUGGCAGCAUUAAGGCUCAAUAAAUGGGUCUGUCUUGUGCAAGCACUUAAUAAUACAGUGGUACUUAGGAAGCCUUUAUGAAAGGGACUGGAAACUUGUACGACAGGGCAGGGAGUAUAUGUUUGAUAUGAAUGGUAUGCUGUUCUGGGAUGUUACAUUAAAUGUUUGCAAAAAAAGAAACAAGUGUGAUA